GUUCAGGAAAAGCCGGGCGUGAAUGUGGAGAGAUGAAUGGAUUUUUUUUAAGAGAAUUAAACUGUUAACAUCUUUUCCUUUUUAAGUUAUGCUUUUUAACACCAGAGUCGUGUUUAUGUGCGCGUUCAUUAAACACACGCUGAAUAAAACAAUGCGUUGGGCAGUGCACGUGACUUUCACUUUUGUGAGCGUUUGUAAAUCACAUAUGGUUGACUUUGUGUUUACUUACGUUAGUUCUCAGCUGGUUCAAAGGUCUUGUUCAAGUUUCUGAGCAGCAGUAGAUCAUCAUGAGCGAAUGGAAGAAUAUGAGCAGAGAUGUGCUCGAGCGCCAGUAUUCACCGAGCCGCUGGUCUCACAGGAUGUCCGCCGAUGAUGUCAUCAAAGCCCAUGUGGCCGCUUUAAAGUCAGGCACAGAGAAGGCUCGAGCUGUCACUCAGACUUUGCUGGACGUCCCGUACGGUGAUGGAGAGGAAGAGAAACUGGAUGUUUAUGUACCCAGCAUCUCGUCUCCAGAUGUUUCACUGCUGAUCUACUUUCAUGGUGGCUACUGGCAGUUUCUCAGUAAAGAUGAGUCUGGGUUUCUGGCCAUCCCAUUGGUCCAGAAAGGUGUGGUGGUGGUUGCCGUGGGUUACAGCAUCGCCCCCAAAGGAAAUAUGGAUUUGAUGGUGUCACAGGUGCGGCGAAGCGUUGUGUCUGUUCUUCAGCAGUAUUCACAUAUCAGUGGGCUCUACCUGUGUGGUCAUUCUGCAGGAGCACACCUGGCUGCUAUGGUUCUGUCCACUGACUGGUCACAAUAUGACAUAUCACCUCAACUCAAAGGUGUGUUUCUCGUCAGCGGUAUUUAUGACCUACAGCCGAUUCUGUCCACCUACGUGAACGAGCCGCUGAAGAUGACAGAGGAAGUGGCUUUAAGGAACAGCCCGAGUCAGCUGGUGUCACGGGUCAGCGUCUCAUCGUGUGACAUAGUGAUCGCUGUAGCACAGAACGACUCUCCCGAGUUCCGCAAACAGUCUGAGGAAUAUUUCAAACUGUUGGUGUCAGCUGGGUUUAAAGUGUCUUUUGAAGACGUUCCCAACACGGAUCAUUUUAGCAUCAUAGAGCAGCUGGUGGAUGAGAAUUAUCACCUCACACAGCUCCUGCUAAAGGUGAUGGGGAAAAGCUGACACCCAAAUUACCCACAAUGCACUGCUCCAGCACAAAGUGUUUAAAAUCAGACACAUUUAUUUCAGUCACUGAAUCAAAUGUGUAUGUGUUUGUUUGAUAGAACGUUCUGUGUACUUGAUUACAUUCAAAGGUGUUUUGUUUUGUUGGGAGUACAGAACAUUUAAAUGUUUGUUGUUUAAAUGUUUCCAAAUAGACAAACUGUACUUUUGUUGUAUUUUAUGAUUUAAAUGCACGCAGAAGUGAAACUGAUAAAUCAGUUGUUGAAACUGUAGUCACAAAUGAAUGUAGCAACUAAAUAAAUUUUAAAUUAUUUUAAUUGAACUUAAUGCACUUAAAUUACGUCAUCAUUUAAAAUCUCAUCAGAAGUGUUUGUGUUUUAAGAAUUUGUCUAAUAAAAGAUGAAUA